GGCAACAUCAGUAUGCGGCUGCCAGCCGUCAGUUUGUGAGUUUGACAUUUUCUAUUGAGUUAGCUGAUUUCGCUAGAUUAUACUACAAAAAUGCAACAAAUAAAUUUCCAGCUAAUACAAUACUUAUUAGCGGCCCUAUUUUUUAGACCUAUUCUAGCAGAAUGGAAUACCCGGGACUACGUGAGACGGGAGCACUCCCUCACAAAACCUUACCAGGGAAGUGGAAUGUCAGUGCCUUACUGGGACUUCUUAGGUAGCACGAUAGUGACAACGAAUUAUGUUCGGUUAACCCCCGAUUUGCAGUCCAAGUCCGGCGCAAUUUGGAACACCCAGCCAUGUUACACUCGCAACUGGGAGCUCCAAGUGCAGUUCAAAGUCCAUGGACGAGGCAAGGACCUUUUCGGAGACGGACUCGCUUUGUGGUACGUCAAGGACCGCAUGACGUACGGACCUGUGUUCGGUAGCAAGGACUACUAUACCGGCCUGGCUAUUAUACUGGACACGUAUAGCAAUCACAAUGGAGCUCACAACCAUCAACACCCCUACAUCUCAGCAACCGUGAACAACGGCAGCUUGCACUACGACCACGACCGCGACGGAACGCACACGCAGCUCGCCGGCUGCGAAGCGAAAUUCCGGAACUAUAACCACGACACGCAUCUGAGCAUUGUUUACAAGGAUGACACGCUUAUCGUAUCAACCGACUUAGAAGGCAAGAACGCAUGGAAAGAAUGCCUCAGAGUGGAGAACGUGCUUCUACCCACCGGGUACUACUUCGGCGCUUCAGCGACGACGGGCGACCUGAGCGACAAUCACGACAUUAUCGCUAUUAAGAUGUACGAGCUGGAUCUGUUGGACUCGCAAAACAAAGACGAGGACCGCUCCCACAUAAUACCAUCAGCCCAAACCUUCGAGGCGCCCCGCGAGCAUGUAGACGACCCGAAACCCGCCAUGUCCGGCGUCAAGACCUUCCUGUGGAUGAUGUGCAUCGCGAUCAUAGUCAUCGUGUGCGUGGUCCUCGGCAUCAUGUGGUACCAGAAACGACAGGAGCACUCGAGGAAACGGCUAUAUUGAUGGGAGAAUCGCCCAUACUGUUAUAGGAUCUUGCACCUUAUUGCAACGAAUUAAGGUCCAGUUAAGAAUGUUAGAACAGCGGGCCUACCGCGAACACCGAAGUUCGCAAGUUGCGGGCAUCUUUUUACCCCAAUAGAGUGAGAAAGAAGGAUGCCCGCAAUUUUCGAACUUCGGUGUUCGCGGUAGGCCCUAGCAGUAGUGGAAUAGGAAGAUUAAAAGCGAAGCUCGAGGUAGAUGGCGCUGCAGUGAUGUUCUAAGUGACAGGUGGGGUUCAACCCCCAUUUUCGAAUUUCAAAUACAUACUUACAAUUUGAAGACGAUCGGUCUCGCCUAGUCGAUAGUGACCCUGCCUGUGAAGCCGAUGGUCCUGGGUUCGAAUCCCUGAAUUAAGGGUGUGUUUUAUGUAUUUACAACAAGCCUUCCGUGGGGCUUAGUCAAUUUGUGUAAGAAUGUCUUUUAAUAUUUAUUUAUAAUCAAGCCUAUUUUUUGUUUAUGAAGUAAGCUUGAAAUCUGUGCUUAAUUAUAUUUUUAUGGCUGCAUUUUGCGUAUAUUACAUGUAUCUAAAUCUAUAAAUACAUUAACACAUAACGGGAAAGAUAGGAUAUAUGUAGACCUGUCAGUUGGAAUCUCUUCUCUAAAGCGCCCUCUGUAUUGAGCGAUUUUCAGUUUUUAACCCCGUUGAGGGAUAACGUUGGCAAGGUUUUUUUAUCCUUUGACUUGUUUAAAAUGUGAAGCGUUUGCUAAAGUUAUUUCUCGACAAUGCCGGAUUUAGAGGUCUGGAGGCCUCGGGCAAUAAAGGAGUGGAGGCCCCCUGGCCCCAAAUUUUUUCCAAAUUAAAUGGUAAAUUUUCCGAAUUCUCUAUUGUGGGGGCAGUAGCCCCGGUUGCCCUCCCCUAAAUCCGGCCCUGUUUCUCGACGUAUUUAUAUGUAUGUGAUGUAUGUCCUAUUUGUAAUAAACUAUGCGUAUGUUUUGUGAAGAUCAACUUAACAUACAAGAAAACAUAAAUUGUUGCAUCAAUCAAUAAGGUUUCCAUUCGAGUUUUUCGUUUGGAUCGUUUACGUUAACGAAAGAGAAGUAAUGUUUUCCUAAUUGUUUUUUUGUGAAAUAUAGUUUGAGAUGAGGGAGUGAAUCUAAUAUAACAUUUUUAUGUAACCAAUGUUACUUUAGUUACUGUACGACGGAUACAAGAUUCAUUAUUUGGCCCUUCCCUAUACUCCAUUUUUAAGAUGCGAAUUUUCCUAACCUAAAGUGGUUAUUAUCUUUUUCUUCCGAAAUGCUACUUUUGAGGUUAUAAAAUUUCUAAAAUGAAAAAAACGGGUUAUGGAAUAAUUUUCUUUACGUUACAUCGUAAACUUUGCGGAAUACAUGAUGAAUUACAGUAAAGUUCAAAUACAAUAAGGGCUCUCUUUUUUUACUAUUUGACCGCCACAAUAGCCGACAAUAUUUACAUAAUAAAUUUAAUCCAAAUACAUUCUGAUAGUUUACCAUAGCGUGUUUUAUUAAACUUUGGAGGAUUUAACAAUUGGAGACGCCGUGUCUGUAAUUUUUUGUACAAAACAGUCAGCUAAUUUUUGCGGGGGAGGGGCACGACAAAUGUAUGGCUAUUUGUAUUUGUCGUAACGUGCAAAUAGGCAUGUCAGAUAAAUACGUGAGUCCAUACAAUACAUAUGGCCGAGGUUUUCGACAGAGGGGGGAGGGGGCUCUUAAAGGCGACUCCAGUUGUUAAAUCCUCCAAGUAUAAAACAGUCGUAGCAGACAAAAGGAAUAUCACGUUAUAUGUAGCACCCAAACAUAGGGGACACUAAUUAUUUAUUUGUAGUAAAACGUAUUAUCUUUAAAUUGCGUCCCAGUCUAAAACAAGCACAUUUUAAUAUUUGCGGUAUGUUCCCUUAAGGUGCCGUGGGUUCAGAGAACAGGGUUUUUGAAAAAAGAUUUAGAUUAAAAUACGGUUGCCAAAAAUUUUAUUAGCAAUCUUUUCUUGGCUUUUCUAGGAGUAACUUCAUCGAUUCAAAUUCUGAUUUUUUGAUGCGUUCAAUAGUAAAAAAUCACGAACAUAACAUAUAGGUCUAAAAUGCACCUUAAAAACUUGUAGUCAGGCUAAGCUAAGUUGGCAGUGAUUUUGAUAGCCUACGCCUACGCAAGUGUUAUUUUUAACGUUAAACUUCUAUGAAAUGAUACGUUGACAUUUAUUUAAUACUUGCACCGUCUGAGCUAUCAAAAUCUCAGACUCAAAAAAAAUUGUACAAAAGCUCAAAAUAUGAAAAUUUGCUUUUAAAAAUUAGCAAUAUUAUGUUUGAUCGAACUCAUCGAUUACAUUUUUGGUAAAAAUAACAAAGAAUUAAAAUUUAAAAACAUGAUAUCCGCGAUCUCGGCCCGCCCAGCCAUCUCGUUCACACUUACGGUCAGUGAGUGAGAGAAGAACCUGAACCUAGAUGGCCUUAUAAAUAAAUUUGUUAUGGGGAUGGCACUUAUUUACAUGUAAUUACUUAUGCUGUGGAUCGACACUAUCAAUUUUUGUUAUUAAUUUGUAGACUAUAUGAGCUAGACCAAUGAAAUAUAUAGCUUUGGUUAUUUGGCUCUAGAAUCCAAAAACUAAAUUUAUAAAUGAUCUGGAACAUUCCUUAUUUAUUUUAAUCCGCUUUUUCUUUGGUAUACUUGGGCUGUCUAUAAUAAAAACAAAUAAAUUGUGCCUUGGCAGAAAUGUAAUAUUUUAUAUAAUACAUAACAGAUUAAUAAUAAAUUACGAUUAUAAUUUUAUUGUUUUUUUGUGUAUUGACAUGGUUAAAAAAUAAUAAUUUAUAACAAAAAAAUUAUGCAACAUAAUUUAGACUUUGGCACAAACAAUAAGGCUUAUCGGAAAUGAACAAAAUAUUUUCAACAGAUUUAUUUGUUUUACCUAUAACAGGGGUCACCAAUUAGUUUCUUCAGGGAUCCGGUUUUUAAAAUAAAAUGCCCAUUGCGUUCCGUUUUUACUCGUGUUUAUUAAAUAAGAAAACAAAUAAUAUAGGUCUCCGGUCCGGAUCCUGACUGCGAUCCGCCAUUUGGUGACCCAUGGCCUAUAAACUGGUCAAACCAAAACUAAACCAUUUUUUGCUUAUUAUUUGCCAAGAAAUAUACAAAAUUUGCAUAUGUAAUAACUAAACAACUACAUUAGUUUUAAUAUGGCACAGUGAUGUGUUAUUUUCUCAUAACUUAAGAGUCAUUUAUAAGCAAUAAUUACAUAUCUCAAUAAAAACCUGUUUGCCGCUGCUGUCACUUAUAAUAGUUAUAAUGCGAUGUGACAUAUUUACAAAUAAAGAGGCUGUCAAUACCUAAAGCGCGUACACUGUCUAUUUGUAUCGGAGUAAAUUAGAUAGCACUGUCGCAUGUUACUGGGCCUGGGCAAGGGAAUAAUAAGAAAAUUAUUUAAAUAAAAAAAAGUGGAUUAUUAGUGUAAUAUUUUACUCGUUACCGGUUUAGAUAUAAAUGUUUUGAAAUUGUGAUUUUAAUUGCAGACCCAUAAGUCAAAACAAUAAAGACAUCGAACCGUUUAAUUGUGAUUUUAAUACCAAUCUUUGCAAUUAUUUUCUAUCGAGCCGAUUUCGUUCAAUCAUGUAUCGAGUACGACCACGGUCUUUGAAAUACAAUUAAUAUAAUAUAUAUUUUCCUGACUUUACAAAUAGUCUUUCUUAAAAAACUGUUUAAGUAACAUCAAUUUCAAGGACAUUGGGUGUUGACAGCCCCUUAAUAUCUGUAAGUAGGUAAGUACCAUAAUAAAUUGAGUGGCAGUAAAUGGGUCAAUAUUAUUAUUUAGUUAGUACUUAGUAUAACGCAGUUUUGCUCUCCUAUGUCAAAUUUGGUUAGAAAUGUAUAAUUGUAUAUUAUUUUAGUUCUAAUUGAUUAUCCUAUAUCACAUUAUUAUUGUUUUUAUACAUAAACAAAUGUAACCUGAGUAAUAAUGUAAGCACACAAGUUGGCAUGUAUAAUAUGUAUUUUACAUUUUCUUUUAUUCGAAUAAUUAUUUUUGGGUUAUAAAAAUACAAUUGUUAAUAUUACUUUAAAGAAACUGAGACCAGUUCUGGCGAAUUAUUAUUGGCAAAAAGCAGCCUAAUUUAAUAUAACUGUUAAUUCUGUUUACAUAUUACUCAGGCUAUUAUCUAAGUUAAGAAACAACUACCAGUACAUGUAACAUAAACAUAAUAAAAAUAAAACCUCAUUUAUGUAUUAUAUGAAAUCUGCCCUAGUAUCUAAAAACCAUCUUCCCCUGUCGCUAUAUAUAACUUUAGUCAUUAGAGUAUGGUGGGAUUACUCCGGAUCACAAUAAAGAGUAUAUUAAAAGAAACAUCACUGCCGUUACAAAAUUGACACGUGAUUUGUUGAACAAGAAUAUAGUACUUUAGACAAUCGUCAUAUAAUAGAGAGCUUUUCAGUUGAGUACCGUGUUCAGGCAACGAAGCUUGCUGAGUUGCCUAAGUGAGGUACGAGAUUGAAAAGCUUGAUUAUAUCACUAUUGUAUACAAUACCUUUUCUACGAGUUAUCUAAAAUAAUACUUUUUUAAUUUUUUACUAUAAAAACUAAAUAUUUAACGAAAUUUGGUAAGUAUCUCAGUAGACAAAAAUGUAGUACAAAAGAGCCCGUUUAGUCUUUUCUAUGGGAGCGCGGCAGCACGUGAUUUGUCAAUUUUUUUUUUAUAGUUGACUACAGCGCAUCUAAAAGAAUCCUAUAGUUGAGUUGGGAGACUAUACAUGAAAAGUACGCAAUUAUAGUUUACUAUAAGAAAUCUUAAUUCAAGCGUUACAGUCGCGAGUAGAAAAAUACUAUUAUUGUUUCUAAAUUACCGUUAUCUGGCAAAAUAGGCAUACUAUAAAAGAAAAUAUAAUAGUUAUUUAGUUUUUCGACUAUUUAUGAUAUUGUCUCUCUCCUUUCAACGAAGAUUGCUUUGUGUAGUGGAAGAUAGAAGGUUAUUGAGGCGUAAACUAAAACAACAAGUGACAAUUUUGGUAGAUAUUUUACUAAACUUGUUAACCAAAUUACCACGCCUCUUCUAAUAAGGAUAUGUAAUCAUAAAAAAACACGAAAUACGCGAAUAUUUUUGCACCUAUAUUUAUUUACAAUAAGUAGACAGAAAAAUAUCACAUAAAAGUAUCUACUUCUAGAAAAAUUGUUAUUUGUGCCACAAGAGAGGAAAGUUGUUUUUUCUUGCGAGGGACUCAAAAACACGAGAUAUAAAAUAACUUUGCUCUCGUGUGACACAUACAACUUUUCAUCUCAGUAGUGAGAACAUAUUAAAGGUUAAAAAAAUUCAACAUCAAGUAAAGUUAACCACAUUUUUUUACAUUCAUGAAUGAAAUGCAUCAUCAUUAUGACGAAAGCUUCUAGAAAUAUUCCUGUAUUCAUGGCCUUCACUAAAUUAAAAAGCUAUUUUGUCUUACUCCCUGGAGUGGCGAAAGUAGGCUUGUUCGAGCUGCUGAGGUGAAAACGUCUUUUCACUGGCAAGGACUUAACCUAAGGUUCAUCGUAUAAGUAAAGUUGGCUGUUGGAUUUGAAUCAAAAGAGGUGGGAAAUAGGGUUUAAUUUCGUUCCUUAAAAAAAUGCUACUCUGUUACAAUUGAAUAUAUUAUUUAAAAUAUGUCUUUGAAUUAGGUACUAUAGGUUGGACGAUCGGCCUUUGGUGGAUAAAGUAAAUAUACUUUAUCCACCCAAGGCCGAUCGUCCAACCGUAAUAACACAGAUAUUAUGUAUUAUAUAGUAUAGGCAAUUUGAAUCUACGACUUCGGCGGUGAUUGUUUGGUUCGCAAAUCACAUUAUUGUUUAGUAUGUGCGAGGGUUUUUAUGUAUUAGUGUGUUUCCAAUUAAUCAUUUAUAAAUUUUUUCUAUAA